GGACAGACGCUGGAUUUGGAAGACAAUGAAUCUUGUGUGUUGCUCUUUAAACUGAGCUCCAGAUCUGUAUAGGCGCCACACUUGUUUCUUGUUGUGACGAGUUAUGCAUUAUGCAUUUUAGAGCAAACGGUGUGUUCAUCUUCUUGGUAAUGCUCCAACUCUCUGUCUCCAUUGUGUUGUACAUAUUUGGAUUACAAAGAUUUAAUAACAAGAACACCGCAGACAUAGAUACAUAUCACGAACAGCGUGACCUGAAAGAGGUUUAUUACAGCGACGUCGACGGUGUCAACAUAAAACUCCAUAGGUUGAAGCGAGGUGAGACUGAUGCAUUGUUAAGCAUAGCUCUGGAAAAUAAAAUGUUAUGUGAAGGUGUUUCUCAAGUCGAUCUCCUCCUCGUUGUGCACAGUGCUGUUCGCAAUCCCGAUCGCCGCCGUAUAUUUAGGACUGUUCUUAACAAAGCCCCAAUCUACAAAAACUACACCAUUCGACUACUGUUUCUUCUGGGAAUAAAAAGUGACGAUGCCAAACUCCAGGAUAAGAUCAACCAAGAAUUCAACCAAUACAGAGACAUUGUCCAAGGUCGGUUUCUGGACACCUAUAGGAACCUGACGUAUAAAGCUGUCAUGGGAUUAAAAUGGAUCAGCCACAAUUGCAGAAACGUGAAAAACGUCGUCAAAAUCGAUGAUGAUGUUUACGUGGAUCUUUACAACUUUUUCUCACACAUAUAUCAUAAGAUAAACUCCACAAACAGUAUCCUGUGUCGGGUUUUGUACAGUCGUCAUGCAGUUAAAGUAAACAGACGAGGAAAAUGGGCUGUACAGAAAUAUCAGUUCAGACAUUACGACACUUUUCCAGUGGACUUCUGUAGUGGUUUUGCGGUGACUAUGGCUGGAUCCAUAAUUCCAGCUUUGUAUAAAGCAACACUACUUGUUCCCAUCUUCUGGGUCGAUGACGUCUUCAUGUAUGGCAUGGUUCGUGGUUUCAUUGCCAAUCUGGAUAACCUCAAUCCGGAACUUUAUAAACUCAAAAGGAAUGACAUUUUGAAAUGUUUCAAAGAAGAUAAUAAGUGUAAAGUUGUAUUUUCUCAUGUUUAUUCCAGUUUGAUAUUGCCCCUGUGGCAGUGGCGACAGGAUUAUCUUGGUCACAGUGGUGCUUCAUGAUGCGAUUAGGAGGCCGUUGAGUAUGAUAAAGUUGGUUUGUAUAAACCCCUUACGUUGUUCCUGGUGUACGAGAUCUGCUAGAUAUACACAGCUGCUAACGUUUACUCAACUCGGGUUUGGUUGGUCAUUGGAUAUUUCUUUCCGGGAGGUUCAUCUCUGAUGUAUCGCGUUGUUUCUGCGGUUGUACGGGGCGGUGGGGUAGCCUAGUGGUUAAAGCGUUGGCUCGUCACGCGAAGGACCCGGGUUCGAA